GUGAAGAAUCUGAGACUAACGAAUCUGUAAAUUUACAUGCUGAUUCGGUUAUUUCAACUAAUUCAAUGAGUGAUGAUGGUGAUAUUGAAGAAAAAACAACUACCAGAUCUCAUAAUCAGAAAAAUCAAAGUCCUGAAGAAAAUGAAGCUUUAAUUGCAGACAAAGAACAAAG